AUGAACUCAAGUUAUUUGAAAAAAGGCGCGCAGCAGCCUAUCGGAUCCGGCCCUUGCUACCAAAGCAUUGGACCGGGUUCGAGUCCGGCGUACACCAAUGAAUAUUUUCAAUAUUUAAGUGUAUUAUUCUGCUCAGCCCAAGAAAUACAAACGAGUUCCAAUCUCAAAAGUUUACCCCCUACCGUAGUCGCUCAUGACCUUACUAGUUUAUGCGACUUUAAACAAAUUAAAAAUUAA